AUGUAUUUCCCAGCAGAGAUCCUCUCCGCAACCUUGUGUUACCAGCCAAAGGUCGACCUGAAGAAAGCACGCCUCGUUCGCAAGGCCUUCGACGCAGCAGCAAUCCCAUUUCUCUUCGAUGAGAUGUUCGUCACUGCCAGAUAUGUUGAUGUGGAGAAAGCCACCUUGCUUGCGUCACGGUUCGGGCCGUUCAUUAAGACUCUGAUCUUCUGCUCUGAGGAGUUCGAACAGGGCGACGUAUCAUGGGAAACUUUCUGUCAUGGAAAAGAAAACAAAGACCUGGCCACGACCUACUACAUCAGUUAUUGCAAUCGAAAAAAAGAGCAAGAGGACCUCCUGAAAGAGGGAGAACUCUUCGGACACCUCUCUAGUUCCCUGAUCGUACUAAUUAAUCUACAAAAGAUUAUUUUUACCAACGUCUGUCGUGAACAAGCCUAUGUUGGUGGCUGCUUGCGGACGUUCAGACCCUUCCGGGACGAGGAUCAUCCACAACUGAAAUCUCCGAGACUGGCACCCGAUCACGAAUGCUUCACGUCCACCAAUGGACUAGGAAAGGUGAAUUCGAACGACUGCCCGGGAUUGUUACGAGCGCUAUUCACUUCAGGGAAUACUAAGGUCAAAGCAAUCGUCACAAGGGGUGGGGAUAGUAUCUUAGGACUGGUCACCAGCGCUUUCUGUAUGACUCCUCGACGGAACUUAUGCGGCGCCAAAGUCCUGCCAGAUUUGACGAACCUUCAUUUGCACCUUGAUGUCGAGAUCACCAAAGUCCCGUAG